UUCGACUGUCAGUAGUGAUCGGUCGUCGAUCGCGUGCGCAACCGCAGGCCGCCUGCAAGUCUCGAUAACAAUUUGUAAUAUUAUUAUAUUAUACGUCAUAAUAUUGUCGUUUUAGAUAGUUCGUAUUAUACAUACAUGCGGUGCGUAUACAUCAUAAUAUCAUAAUUGGUUGGUCGCGUACACAGUCGACAUGGGGCCCACCAAGCUGUUGGUGUAUUUCGCGCUGUGCUUCGCGAUAUUCGCGAGGUCCGGUUAUUCGCGCAAAAUACCCGUCGAACCGGCCGAUGAAGCCACGAUGAUCACCUUGCCGAUGACGGUCGUUGCCACCGCCAUUACUGCCGCGUCGGCGGCGGGAGGCGACGACCCAAAGGCGGUGGCCGCUUCCCAACAUCAAUCGACCGCGGUGGCACCACCGCCGCUACCGUCGUCAGCUCUGGCGGCGCCGGCCCAGGAUCAGACGGUAGCCGCGUCCCACAAGAAAAAGAAAAAGAAAAAGUCGUCCAAGUCGUCCAAGGGCGGUGGGUCAAAGAAAAAGGCCGAAAAACAUUCGAAGAAGGGUCACAAGUCCGACAAAGGCUACAAGACCAAACACCACUUCGACAAAGGUGACAAGGGCAAACACGGCAAGGAGGAGCAUGAAGGCCACUAUAAGAAGGAAGGUGGCCACAAAAAGAAGAAACACGACGAAGCCGAGAAGUACGGUCACCACCACAAGGGUGAGAAGGGUCACAAGGGCGCUAAGUUUGGUGAAAAGAAAGGCCACAAGAAAGGGCACAAAACGAAAGGGUACCACAACAAGUUCCACAAGGACGAGUACCACAAGGAACACAAGUUCUACGACGACUUCCACAAGGGUGGGCACCAUAAGAAACACGGCGCGCAUCACAAGAAGCACGAGAACAAGGAGGGCAAGCACAAGAAGGGUAAACACCACAAGUCGGGACACCACGCAGACAAAUAUGGAAAGAAGGGACACAAAGAGAAGGGCCACUACGACAAAGAGCACAAGGGUCACAAGGGCAAAAAGGGCCACGAUGAACACCAUUCGCAUCACGAAGACUACGGCAAGAAAGGAGGACACAAGCACCACAAGAAGUACGGGUACAGCAAAAAGAAGCAAGGAUAAACCAACGGAGACCAACCUCAAAUUAUAUUCACGUACUGAAACACUAGUUUGUUUUACCAUUAUUUUAAUUAUUAUAUCCUGUUUGAUUGUUAUUUAUUGUUUUGUUUAUUGUCGUGCAAGUAUGAUAUAUAUAUUUGAUAUAUUUGAUAUAUAUUAUGGUAAUAAUAUAAUAG